AUGGUGGGCGAGAAGGAUCGACUCGCCCAGGCAGUGAGGAGCUGCAUCGAUGCCCGGGAUCUCUUGCGCGGGAGAGAAGCCCACGCCGCUAUCAUCCACAGCCGCCACAGCUCCAACACCUUCCUCGCCAAUCUCCUCGUCCUCAUGUAUGGACGCUGCAAUCGCCCAGCGGAGGCAUUCCAAGUUUUCGAGUCCACUCAGCAACGCAAUUCUUAUUCCUGGAACAUCUUGCUCCAGUCAUUCUCAGAGAACCGAGACCUGGUUUCCGCCACUGCCACAUUCUUUAGAAUGCCACACCACGACACAGUCGUGUGGAACGCUUUGCUCUCAGCAAAUGCCCAAGCAAGGCAUCUUGAGGAAGCCGAAAAACUCUUCAACGUUUUGCUUGAGAAAGGCCAAAGGUCCAUAUCAGAUCAUAUCACUAGCUCUAAAUCCAGUGCCCUAACAACUUAUGGCAAUUAUUCGUAUGACAGUCUAGAUUGUUACAAUGAGCGUUCUUGGAACACUAUGAUCUCAGCAUAUGCCCAGUCUGGCCAUUUUGAUCGUGCUAAAAGCUUGUUCGAUGAGAUGCCACGCGGACGUGGCUUAGUGACGUGGAAUAUCAUACUCUUUGGCUACGCACGAGAGGGACAGCUGGCUGGUGCCCGCGCCACGUUCCACAAGAUGCCUCUCGUGAGCAUAGUGACGUGGACGAGCCUCAUGUCGGGACUGGCCGCCAACGGUCAGCUGGACGAGGCCAAGCAGGAGUUUGACUCCAUGCCAGAGAGAAACGUAGUGACGUGGACGGCUCUCUUUCAAGCGCUUGCUGACGCGGCUAGCCACCUCAGCACAGCCAGGCUUGUCUUUGCAAAAAUGCCGCAGCAACACACGGUGACGUGGAAUGCCCUCUUCCACGCCCUUGUCCGCGAUGGCAGCCUCGCCGACGGCAAGGAGGCGUUUGAUGCGAUGCCCGAGAGGGACGUGAUUGCUAAGACCCUGAUGAUCGCGGCCUACUCGCAAGCCGGGAUGAUCCAGCAAGCAAAGCUGGUCUUCGAUUCCAUCCAGCGCGACGAGCACGACAUGCUCUCGCAAACCGAGAUGAUCAAAUGCUACGUCCAGCACGGGCUUCUCGAGGAGGCUCAAAACAUCAUGGAUUCGAUGCAGCAUUUGGACGUUGUGAUCCAGACUUUGAUGAUCGCUGCAUAUGCCGAGAGAGGGCAUUUUCUGGAAUCGAGAAAACUCGUCGACUCGAUGGAGUUCAGGGACAUUCUAGCUUGGAACAUCAUGGUCACUGGAUACGCUCGCCACGAGAAGCUUGUCGAGGCCAGAGAUCUCUUCCAGAAAAUGCCAGCCACAGAUCUUAUAGCCUGGAACGCCAUGAUCGCAGUGAAUGCCCAAAAGGGGCAUCUGGACGAAGCGCGUUGGAUCUUCAACAUAAUGCCUGCUCGCGACACCAUCUCCUGGAACGCAAUGCUCACUGGCUACAGCGUCGACAGGGAGAGGGCGAUGGGCUUCUUCCAGAUCAUGAGCCACGAAGGCUGGGAGAUCGACGAGGUCGCAGCCACGAUCGUCCUGGCAGCGCGCAGCCACUUGGGAAUGGUGGAGGAGAGCCGGACCUUCUUCCUGUCCAUGGCGAGCGACUAUGGAAUCGAGGCGACGAGGGAGCAGUACCGAUGCAUGGUGGACGCUCUCGGUCGAUCGGGCCGGCUUGACGACGCACAGGAGCUCGUAGAAACGAUGCCUUUUCUUCCCGAGGCCGUCUCGUGGAAGACGAUGCUCAGCGCUUGCAAGCUCCACCGCGAGGCCGAGCUCGCAGCUCGAGCAGCCGAGAAGGUAUCGGAGCUAGAGCCGGGGAAUUCAGCACCUUACAUGAUGCUCGCCAGCAUCGUCUCGUAG